ACAAGACCUCAUCAGUCGGAUAAUGGCGCCCUGUCCACAUAUUAAUGUCCUGAUGGGUGGGAUCACUGUUCCGUGCUUGUUGGACAGCGGGUCCAUGGUGUCCACGAUCCCUGAAAGUUUCUUUGCCGAACAUUUCGCACCAUGGGGCCAAGAGCGCCUUCGGUCUUGUAAUUGGCUGCAACUGCGGGCCGCAAACGGUCUUUGUAUUCCUUACAUCGGCUAUUUGGAGCUGGAUGUCACCUUGUGUGGGAAGGUGGUCCCUGGUUGUGGGGUCCUAGUGGUAAAAGACCCUCCCGGUGCUGCAUCUGUUGCCCCUGGGAUUUUGGGGAGCAACGUCAUCCGUCGAUGUUAUCGGGAACUCUUUGAGGUGUAUGGUCCUGCUCUUUUUGAUGCUCCCUCAGUGGUUCAAGCUCCAGUAGCUGUCCUUGAAGCUUUACAACGGUGCCAUCAGGCCACCACAGAACCCCCGAGGAACCUUACGGGUUUCGCCAGGGUCCGCGGUAGAUGGGCGGUACGCAUACCUGGUGGGGUAAUGAGGCUUGUGGCCGCCACUUGUCCAGAACAGCUGGCUGGUCAGGCUGUGCUGUUCGAACCAACAGAGUUCAGCCUACCUGCAGGGUUAUUGGUGUCUCCUUGCCUUGUCCAGGUCAGCCGUGGUACAGCUCAUGUCCCCGUGGUCAAUGUGGGGACGACUGAUGUUCUCCUUUACCCGCGCACUGGUCUUGGUACUUUAAGUGGGGCCCAGGUUGUCAGCUUACCCACUGGUGUGACUGAAGUGAAGCUCCCGACAGCCUCGAUCUCAUCUCAGACAGCCUCUGGUGUGGCACCUGAUGGGGUCCAAACCAUAGACCUGUCUGCUUUGAAAGAACAAGAACAGAUGGAUGUACAUGCUUUGCUGCAGAGGUAUCAGUCAGUUUUCUCAAACCAUGAAGGUGACUUGGGUUGUACCAACCUCCUUUCGCACGAAAUCCCCUUGCUUGAUGAGGCUCCAGUGAGACAGCGGUACCGAAGAAUCCCCCCCUCCGAGUAUGAGGAGGUGAAAGCUCACAUUGAUCAGUUGCUUGAAGCCAAGGUGAUCCGGGAAAGCAAUAGCCCUUUUGCUUCCCCUAUCGUCCUUGUCCGUAAAAAGGAUCGUAGUCUCCGCAUGUGUGUCGACUACCGCCUACUCAAUAGUAAAACACGGAAGGACGCAUUCCCUCUACCUCGUAUUGAGGAGAGUCUGGAUUCACUUGCCGGAGCUUGCUGGUUUACUACUCUCGACUUGGCAAGUGGCUAUAAUCAGGUCCCUGUUGCAGAGCAGGACAAGCCGAAGACGGCCUUUUGUACACCUUUCGGGCUCUUUGAAUGGAACCGGAUGCCAUUUGGCUUGUGCAAUGCGCCAAGCACCUUUCAAAGACUCAUGCAAAGGAUGUUCGGGGAUCAACAGUGCCAGUCCUUGCUCUUGUACUUGGACGACAUCGUUGUCUUUUCUUCUUCCAUUUCACAACACUUGCAGCGACUCGAAGUGGUUCUCAGUCGGCUGCAGAGAGAAAAUUUGAAGGUGAAACUUGAAAAGUGUGCCUUUUUCCAAAAAGAGGUUCGUUAUUUGGGGCACAUUAUCUCCAAUCAGGGAGUUUCCACAGACCCUGCCAAGAUUGAGGCAGUGGCGAAAUGGCAGCGGCCCCGUCAUGUGUCAGAGCUGCGCUCAUUCUUGGGGUUUGCCAGCUAUUACAGGCGGUUUGUGGAGGGGUUCGCUAAGCUGGCGACCCCUUUGCAUCAGUUGGUGGCAAAACUCGCAGGUACCAAGUCCAAGCGAGGAUCUGGGCAGGAUCUGAGCUCUGCAUGGACACCCCAGUGCGAGCAAAGUUUUGAAGCCUUAAAGGCGAAGUUGGUUUCAGCCCCAGUGUUGGCCUAUGCCGAUUUUUCACGUCCAUUCAUUUUGGAAACUGAUGCCUCUUACAGUGGCCUGGGGGCCGUCCUUUCACAGGAGACUGAGAAUGGUAUUCGACCCGUCGCAUAUGCGAGCAGAGGGCUUCGACCCACAGAACGCAACAUGGAAAAUUACAGUUCGAUGAAGCUGGAGUUCCUUGCGCUUAAGUGGGCAAUGGGAGAAAAGUUCCGGGAGUAUUUGUUGGGGCACAAAUGCGUGGUUUUUACAGACAACAAUCCGUUGAGCUACCUCAAUUCAGCUAAGUUGGGAGCCAUAGAGCAGAGGUGGGCCUCCCAACUAGCUGUCUUUGAUUUUGAGAUCAGGUAUCGCUCCGGGCGCAUCAACAGGAAUGCUGAUGCGCUCUCCCGCCAGUAUCUAUCGGGGUCUAGCUUAGCUGAACAUGUCUUACCUGGCACUUCAGUUCCAUCAUUUGCUCAGCCAGCUGCAGUCUCCGCCUCAGUGGUACCUGCUGCCCAGGCGAUGGUGUCUGUCUUCCGGAGUCAUUCUCCAGCGGACCUUCGUUCCUUGCAAGAGGUGGACCCUCUUUUGUGUGAUAAUUUUCUGCCCUUUUGGAAGAGGUGGGCUAAGCCUACUUUCGAAGAAAAGAAGCAACUUCCUGCUGCUGCUUUGACACUCUUGAAACAGUGGGACCGCCUGAUCGAACAGGAGGGCGUACUGUACCGCCGGACUUUUCGGUCGGAUGGAGGAGAAGAGUGUUUCCAGCUUGUCUUACCUGCUGUUCUUAAAGAGGAGAUCCUGACCCAGUUGCACCAAGACCAUGGUCAUCAGGGUAUUGAGCGCACCAUGGAAUUGGUGCGGCAACGCUGUUACUGGCCAGGGAUGUCCGCUGACAUCAAGCAGUGGGUUCAGACAUGCGAGCGUUGCCAAGUGGCCAAAGAUUCAGGGCCGGUGCCCCAUAGUUUUAUGGGCCACGUUCUGGCGUCUCAGCCAAACGAGAUUGUCGCCAUUGACUUCACAUUGUUGGAACCUUCACGGAACGGGUUGGAGAAUGUCUUGGUAAUGACCGAUGUGUUCAGUAAAUACACGGUGGCAGUCCCAACACGAGAUCAGCAGGCAGCAACUGUGGCUCGUGUCUUGCUGAUCGAAUGGUUUUUUCGGUUUGGUGUUCCAAAUCGCAUUCAUUCUGACCAGGGUCGGAGCUUCGAGAGUUCUCUGAUCCAACAACUGUGCCGCUUGUAUGAGGUAGCUAAAUCACGAACCACUCCUUACCAUCCGGCCGGCAACGGGCAGUGUGAACGUUUUAAUAGAACUCUCCAUGACCUCUUGCGGACUCUGCCAGUCUCCCGGAAGCGGGAUUGGGUUUCUUGUCUCCCACAAGUGUUGUUUUGUUAUAACACUACGCCACAUCAAAGUACAGGAGAGUCUCCCUUCUUUUUGAUGUUCGGUCGGGAACCAAGGCUCCCUGUGGACUUCCUUUUGGGCCGAGUCCGGGAUGCUGAGCCAGGGGAAGUACAGGACUGGAUGACUGAACAUCAGGCAAGGCUUAAGGUGGCGUUUGAGAAUGCUCGUGGUAGGCUUUUGGCUGCUGCAGGUCGACGAAAAGAGCGACACGACGAGCAUGUUCGAGAGGCUCCUUUGCAGGUGGGCCAGCACGUCUACCUCAGAGAUCUUGGUGUUAGGGGUCGACACAAGCUUCACGACAAAUGGAGCUCCAUUCUCUACCAGGUGCUGAAAGCCCCACCCGGAAAUGGGGCAGUUUACACCAUUGCUCCUGUGGAAGAGUUGCAUAGGGCUCGGCAGGUGCACCGAGACAUGCUGAAGCCCCAGGUCGUGUCUGGUACCCAUCCCCCUAGGGCGCCGCUUCCAUCAGCUUUGGCAGCGCCUGCAGCUCCCCCAGGUUCACCUGAAGGUGGUGAGCUAUGGUUGUUGGUCCCUGACACUGUUCCACCCUCUGCUACUGAGGCACCAGCUCAACCCGGUUAUACAGGGCUGGCUGUGAGGACACCAGCCAGUAUUGAGCCUAGUCCAGGCUCAACUGCAGAACCGGAACAUCUUCACUCUGUGUCCCCUCCUUCUAGCGAUCAGUCCAUUCCUCCUCAGUCAGUUUUGCGUCGAACCGGCCGUUCCACCGCCGGUCAACACUCUAAUGUCCAUCGUCUUCCCCAGUCUGUUGGCACUAGGGGUAAUGUAGUGCCUGAACCUUCACAGCCAGUGGUAAAUUCGCAGUCAGUUCUGUUUAGGCCUUGGUCCUAGUUUGGCAUAUUUCAAAGUGUAAUUCGCCGUCGGGGCGACGACGCAGAAAGCGGGGGUGGAAUGUGGCAGGUCGGGUGUUGCUCUGCUCCACCCCCUCCCACUUAAUCAGUAUCACCGGUGCUUGAUUGCGCAUUGGCAGCACCUGGUUAACUACUGCGCUCCUCCGGGGCGCAUUCUCUCCCUGGCAUUCACCUGGAAAGGCUCUGGGUCGGCGUGCUCCAGUUUGGUUGGUGUUCGGUGUGAUUUCGCCAGUUUUGGCCGUACUGGUUGGGUUGCAGCUGGAGGAAGUGGUGUCCGCGUUCUGCUGUUGUUGAGGACUGGUUUUUUUUAGUGCGUAAAGCUCUCUCUAUCGGUAAGCAUGCUCGUUGUUAAUCAUGGUUAACUAUAGUAGCCCUUUGCUAACAGCUGUUGCCCUCUGCUCUGUCCUGCUGUAGCUGCUGAAUUUGCAGCGGUUCUGUCUCUCCUCCUGCGCUCUGUGGAUCCACUGCACAGCCUAUUGAUGACCACCGCAGCCACCUACGCAUAACAUCCGCUGCCUCCAGCCUUGGUGCAGCCGCUCCGUUUUCACGCUGUCUUCCACACCGUAGUUUCUUUUUCUUAAUGUCCUGAGUUUCUGUUGUGGCUCUCACGCAGCACCAGACUCAAGCCCCACUGCAACUGACUUAUUAGUGUUUCUUUGUUUGUUUGGUUUAUUUAUUUCUUGUUUAUGUAGUUGUUUUGGGUAAUCAGUUAAUUUGCAAGCUCUUUGGUUUCUUUAUUUUGAAUUACAGAUGGUUAUUUUGUUUAGUUCUAAUUUAGUUACAUUUCUGAUUUUGUUUAUUCUUAUAUAAGUAAAUUUUCUUUAAGUAUUUCUAUAUAGGUUAAAACAAUUAAUGUGUAUUCUUUCUGUUGGUGUGCAUGUGGGUGUGAAUGUUGUGUGUGAGUGUUUUUAGAAUAGGACAUUUUAAUAAUUCGUAUAGUUCAACCUUUGAGUGUCGCUCCACCUAAUUUUGUGUGUUUUCUUCCUGGACAGG